GAAAUGUCUUCUGUUAAGAAUCUGCUCAUUUCUUUUUCUGUUCUGCCCCAACGCUUGGAGGAUCUUUUGGCUACUCAAUGGGUUCCUGUUGUUAUGCUUAUGGAAAGUAACUGAAUUGAAAAAUAUGGGGUUACCUUGCAAAACAGGAGCUGAGAGGAUUCAGAUGUUUUCUAUGAGAAUCCAGGCAUAAAUAAUAAUUGUGUGAUCAUGGUUUUGGAAAACUAAGAAGAUAUUUUCUGGUUGCAUAUGCAGAGUUAUGUUUCUUAAGAAAAGCAAGAGUUAAGUAAUUUUGAUCUCUGAUGGAUGAAACCCACUGGAAUGGAAACUAACAUCCAUGAAGAAGCACAGGACUCAUCUUAUCUUAAAUCUGCCAAGUGCCUGGGGACUCCAAAGGAAGCAAAGGAUGAAGAAUAUCAAAGAAAGAUAGAAAAUCAGGAGAGUCCAUAUGAAUGUCAGAACAUUUUACUGGAACCUGGGCCGAGUUUGCUGUCUGUGUCAUCCUUAUUAGACCACAAUGAGACAUCCUUGCAACUUGGUAUGGCUGCAGGGCAUGUCAGUGCCACCAACCAGUCUGAGAAAAAGAACCUUUGUGAAGAAUUAUCUUGUUCUGCAAGACACAUGCCAAAGGAAGAUCCUUUAAACCUUCCAUUGCAUGCAGGAAAAAAUUCAGACAAGAAACCAGAAAGGAGUCAUGAGAUCAGAGUCAUAAAACAUAAACCAAGUGCUAUCACAUUUUCUGAUUUCCAAUUUUUAUCACAUGAAGCUAACACUAAGCUCCAUAUUUGUGAGGCAGGAGAAGCAGAUGAUUUUUCAUCUGAAGAGGAAGAAGCAGAUGGUAGAGGUGAUGAUGAUAUGUUCAGAGAACUGCCACUGUAUGAGACAUUUUUCAAUGGUCUUCAUAGAAUGAAUGUUUCUCAAAGAAAGCGAGGUAAACAUGAACUUACUAAAUAUCAACACAUCUGUCAUUUAGAAGACUGUGAUGAUCAUUCUGAAAAGGCAUUGAAGGACCAUAACAACGAAGAAAAGCACAUGGAACUGGAGGCCCAACCAGAAAAAGAAUCUAAAUGGACAGACUCUAUGUCAUGGCUUAUGAAGAAACUGGAACAGCUGAACUUAGAUAUUGAAGAAGCUCUGAGUGGUGGCUCUUCUCCCUCCAGUACUCCUUCUUCUAAAAGGCACAAGCAACUGUGCCCUGUUCAAGUAGAGACAGGCUUUUAUGGAGAUAAUCAUGAAAAGGGAUCUUGGAAAAAUAAAAGAGGAGACUACCAGGAUCUAGACUGUUUACCUUACCCAGUGUCAACUGGAGCAAGACCUAAGACUGAUAUGCUGUUUCAGAAGCCAGGCAAGGAAGAAGCAGAAAUCGAAGCAAAGGAAGCGUGUGACUGGUUACGUGCAGCUGGAUUUCCCCAAUAUGCUCAGUUCUAUGAGAACUCCCAGUUUCCCAUUGACAUUGCUGCAGUAAAGAAAGAUCAUGAUUUUGACAAGGACCUUGUAGAACCUCUUUGCAGACGACUGAACACACUGAACAAGUGCGCCUCAAUGAAACUCGAUGUGAACUUCCUAAGAAAAAAGAGUGAAGAUUCAGAUGAAGAAGAUCUCUGUGCUAUCAGUAAUAAAUGGACUUUCCAAAGAACCAGCAGACGAUGGUCUCGGGUGGACGACAUUGAUGCUUUGCUUCACCGAUCAGACAGACAUGGAUCUUCUGGGGACAUUAAAAUGAAAAAUACAACAAGCAGUGAGAGCGUCCUUACGGAUCUGAGUGAACCUGAGGUCUCAUCUAUUCACAGCGAGAGCAGUGGGGGAAGUGACAACAGGAGUCAGUCUGGCGUCAGCAGCGCUACCAGGGAGACCUGCGACUGCUCUAGCCAUCAUGAUGUGGAAAGCACACUGCUGCAGGACUCCACUGCAAUAAAUACUGCCCUGUUCCCCAAGGACAACCUGAAGAAUGAAAAAACAACACAAACCAGAGCAAAAACCUUUCUAAAACGCAUGGAGACACUGAAAGCAAAAGGCAUGCAUGGAAAACUAAAAGGCUCAGGAAGAACAGGUCCUUUAGAGAUAAGUGGACCAGUUCUCCAGUUUGAGCCAAAAUCCUUGAAAGACAUGCACUGUGUACAGAUAGUCAAUGGUGAUCUCCACAACUUAGGACAAGAUUCAGUUAAAAGAGGACUUUCCUUUUCUGCCAAAUCCAGCAGUGAGAGCAGUCAGUCUGAAAACAGCAGCAGUGGGGUGAGCACACCGUGUUUGAAGGAACGCAAAUGCCAUGAAGCAAACAAGAGAGGUGGGAUGUACCUGGAGGACUUAGAUGUUCUGGCAGGAACAGCCUUACGGCAAGUUGUGGACCAAAACCUCAAAAAUGAAUUUCAUUCCCAAGAGAACUUGGUUGUGCAUAUUCCGAAGGAUCACAAACCCGGGACCUUCCCAAAGGCACUUUCUAUUGAAAGCCUCUCACCUACAGACAACACUAACAGUGUAAACUGGAGGACAGGCAGCAUCUCUUUGGGAAAGCAGAGCUGCUCUACUCCAAAAGAGUCCGGAUUGAUGGCUUGCUGUCCUAAAGAGAGCAGAAUUAGUAUUUAUGACAAUGUGCCAGGUUCCCACUUGUAUGCUAGUACUGGGGACCUCCUGGACUUAGAGAAAGAUGUCCUUUUUCCUCGUUUAGAUGACAUUUUACAACAUGUCAAUGGACUUCAGGAGGUAGUAGAUGGCUGGUCAAAGAAUGUGUUGCCAGCUCUGCCAGUUGAUGAUGUGUCAGUCAGGGAAUCUCCGUCGUUGCCAUUCCAGUCACCUACACAGAUCACUCUUGAUUUUGAAGGAAACUCUGUCUCUGAUGGUCGGACCACACCAAGUGACAUGGACAGAGAUGGAACAUCCCUGAAUGAAUCCGAAGCCACUGGUGUUAGGGACAGGAGAGACUCUGGAGUGGGAGCAUCGCUCACAAGGCCAAGCCGGCGAUUACGAUGGCAUAGUUUCCAAAUCUCUCAUCGCCUGAGCCGCUCCAUUGCAUCACUUCACAUCAGCAAUCAGUCAGCAGCCCAAAUGAAUCUUCUGCAAAAAUUCUCUUUGCUUCGUCUUACUGCCAUCAUGGAAAAGUACUCCAUGUCAAACAAACAUGGUUGGACCUGGUCUGUGCCAAAGUUCAUGAAGAGGAUGAAAGUCCCUGACUACAAGGACAAGAAUGUCUUUGGUGUGCCUCUCAUAGUUCAUGUCCAGAGAACAGGACAACCUCUUCCCCAGAGCAUACAACAAGCACUGCGCUACUUACGGAGCAACUGUCUAGAUCAGGUGGGUCUGUUUCGAAAAUCUGGAGUGAAAUCCCGAAUCCAGGCCCUGCGUCAGAUGAAUGAGAGCUCCCCAGAAAACGUCAGCUAUGAAGACCAGUCAGCGUACGAUGUGGCAGACAUGGUAAAGCAAUUUUUCAGGGACUUGCCGGAACCUCUCCUCACGAGUAAACUAGGAGAGACUUUUCUGCACAUCUAUCAAUAUGUCCCCAAGGAGCAGCGGCUGCAGGCAGUGCAGGCUGCUAUCAUGCUGAUGUCCGAUGAGAACCGGGAGGUUCUGCAGACUCUGCUGUGCUUCCUGAGUGACGUCACCUCCGUGGAGGAGAAUCAGAUGACUCCUAUGAACAUAGCUGUUUGUCUGGCCCCUUCUCUCUUCCAUCUCAAUAUAGUGAAGAAAGAAAGCUCGCCAAGAGUAAUACAGAAAAAAUAUGCAACAGGGAAGCCAGAUCAGAAGGACCUCAGUGAAAACCUGGCAGCUACUCAGGGACUUGCUCACAUGAUAAUGGAAUGCAACAAACUUUUUGAGGUCCCACACGAAAUGGUCGCACAAUCCCGAAACUCCUAUGUUGAUGCAGAAGUGCAUUCUCCCACGCUGGAUGAGCUCGGGAAACAAGUGGAUGAGGAAGGAGGGAACUAUCAGAUGUACCUGGAAAACCUCAUGCAGAAUCUCCAGAAAGAAGCAAAAGAGAAAUUCAAAGGAUGGGUCACAUGUUCCAGUAUAGAGAACACAGAACUCGCAUACAAAAAGGUUGGGGAUGGGAACCCGUUAAGGCUUUGGAAAGCCUCAGCUGAAGUUGAAGCCCCCCCAUCAGUUGUCCUGAACCGAGUACUGAGAGAACGUCAUCUCUGGGACGAGGACUUCUUGCAAUGGAAGGUGGUUGAGAGCCUGGACAAGCAGACCGAAGUUUAUCAGUAUGUUUUGAACAGCAUGGCUCCUCAUCCUGUCCGAGACUUUGUCGUUCUAAGGACAUGGAGGACAGAUUUACCAAAGGGAAUGUGCAUGCUGGUUGCCAUCUCUGUGGAGCACGAAGAUGCUACUCUUAUGGGAGCUGUGCGAGCCAUCGUGAUAGAUUCUCAAUACUUGAUAGAGCCCUGUGGCUCAGGAAAAGCCAGGCUGACCCAUAUCUGCAGGAUUGACCUCAAAGGACAUUCCCCCGAGUGGUACAACAAAGGCUUUGGACAUCUGUGUGCAGCAGAAGUUGCCAGGAUCAGAAACUCAUUUCAACCUCUUAUUGCUGAGGGACCAGAAACAAAAAUCUAAGUGUUCCUGGGAGCAUGUGAGCGUAAAUCAGGGUCUGGCAGGGAACAGGAAUACUGAAAGCAAAGGUCUUACUUAUCUGCAGAAAUCUGACCAGACCUGGGUCUAUAAAGAGUUGAAACAAGAAUUUUAUAGGAAAGUUCUUUUAUUCUGUAGACUUCAUCUUGCCCCCCCCAUAUCCCCUCUGCAUUAAUUUUCAUUAAUUUUGAUUAUUGAACUAAACAUUUCUUCAGAGAGCUUUUAUUACCUUAAGAACAGAUUAUUGCCAUUACUUGUGUGUUACAUAACUCUGGUAUUUAAAGGCUUCUAAGAAGCAUAUUUUAAUUGUAAAUAAAUCUUGUACAGUAUGUAUAUAUUUAUCUAUAUUCUAUCUAUAUAUAUGUAUAUGUAUAAAUUAAUUAUUUUGUAUAUAACUCAGUGAAAAUCACUUGCAUCAGCUGGACCUUAAGUGAAUCUGUCACUUGUUCCUUAGUGUAUCACUGCUACAUAAGCUGUGUUUGCUGUUAUCACAGAGCUACCAGGCAUAAUUUGUGUGAUAACAAAUGCCUGUUCUCAAAUAUGUUUUGUGUUUGUGUGUGCUAUGAGAAGCUACAUAGAAAUAGAUGUAGGAAGAAUUAAAAGAACUAAGGAAGGAGGAAGUUACAGUACAUUUAAAAAUAACGAGGACUGAAUCAGUUUCACCAAAUGAAAUAUACAGAAAUACAUCUAAGACAGACAGACAUUUUGAAGGCCAUUUAUGUUUAGCUGCAGAAUUGUGACUGUUAGUACAAGGUGUUGAAAACUUACCUGUUGCCUUAAUUAAUGGUAUCUCUGUCACUAGAGAACCUCAUUAUCUGCAGCGUUCCAAGUAACUGUUCAUUCUCAGUACAAGAUAACACUGUGUCUACUGAGGUGUCUGAAAUCAGACCGGUAAGUUAUUAAGCUGUAAAUCUUUUUUUUUUAAGCAUUUUGUCUCGGUUCUGAGUGUUCUGUGUUGCUCUUUCCUUCUCCCAUAGAGAUGGCUAAUCAUUAAGAAACUCCAAAGCAGGUGUUCCACAUCCAGUGGACACAAAGACAUGCAGAUGAAUACCAUACCUUUUAAUAUAUUCUUACUAUACAAAUAACUACACUUUUUUAAGCUUUUAAAUACAUAUUGGAGAUUUAAAAGACUAAAUGUAGACUAUGCUUGAAAAGAUUGCUUUUAUUGUAACAGCAAGCAUGUUCAUCUUACGUUGCACUGAUCUGCAGGAUCCCACCUCUGUAGGCAUUGGUGGGAGCAGGAUUAGCCCCUGACUAUGAGGAGUAGGAGCCAUUUAUGUCUAUUACAUAAUUUCAUUUUCAGGGACCUAUUAUUUUGCCAAUGGAAGAAUGCUUUAAAAGUAAUAAUAAUAAUUUGUCAAUGUUACCUUUGAGGCAGGGUUCCAUAAUGUUUUUAACUAACCUAAGACCAAAAAUGUUAUUACAUCUGUGCUUCAAUAAGAAUGUACAAGCCUGUUAAUACUGAUAUUCAUUAAUCGCAUUUGUUCACUUUGACUUUAUUUAUUGCUGCAUAAACCAGCUGAGUCAUUCACAGCCAGUGUUUUAACUCAGUCCUUUCAACAAAAUCCAUGAAGAUUUAGUACAAGGUUGAUUAAGCAGGAUACAUUUCCUACAUGAAGCUACAGCUUUGUGCUCUGAUUCUGUAAACCAGGAAAUGUCAUCAAAGCCAGUGCUUUGAGUCUGGCCCAGGUAAGGGCGCUGUGGGGUGGAGCAUGUAUGGUGACAGCUGUUAGACCAUGGUCCCAUGUGCCAUUGUGCACCCACAUAAGGGGUGCUCCUGCAAUCUGAGGAAGAACACCAGUGGGAGCUCAGAGUACACAGGGUGACCCAUGGUGCUCCAGGGUCCCUGAGGAGCAGUACUACAAAAAGUCACUGUCAUCUUCCCCCAGGAGCUGUCUCACCCACAUUCUAUUGUGUAACUCCUAGGAUCAGGGAGGUUGGCUCCCUGGGAGCUCCUGCCUUGAGUUUAUGACCAGCAAUCGUUGCAAUGUGCAAUAAUUGCGUGUUUUUAAGUCCUGCAGACAGGGGAGCACCCACACCCUUAUGUGGCCGUGUUGAGGUCUGGCAGUCAUCCACAGGCUGCAGGGCACCACCACUGCCCAGGUUCAGCCUUCACUGGAGCAAGUGGUGGCUCCUGACCUGGCAGAGCAAGUCUGGUCCCCUGGUUCCAGUUGGACUGCCAUUCCAGAAAGGAGCACCUCCUCCCCAAAAACCUGUGGCCAUGGCAGCAGAUUUCAUGCUGGUUGUUUUCCAAACCAUGAGCAAUUAGAGUACUUCUGCUACAUUAGUUUGCAUAAAUAAAUACAAUAGUGCCUCAGUAUUAAUGGGCUCAGAAUUUGUAGCCCUGGGAAUGGCAGUUGUCUGGCAGUACAUCAUUUCUUUAGGAAAAGAAGGGAAAACCUAUACAGUGGUUUUAUCCUGUCUGACAAGUCAUCGCUCAGCUGGAAGGGGCUCUGUGCCACCUGCCACCAUUAGCAAGGUGGGGUUGUUUUCCUACCCUUGCAGAAGCUCUGUCAUGUGCUUCUGGCAUCUCUAAGCCAUGUAUCAUUGAAAUAAGAUUUCUUUAAAAUGCACAUUAUGCCAUGUCUACCAUUCAGCUACCACAGUAUUUUGUAUUGUUACAUUGCCAUUGAGAAUACAUUAUGAUAAUUGCAUUUUUAAAUGUUAUACUCAUAUCAAUACCUCAUAUUUUUACCUCAUCUGUUGGUAUCAGUCAUUAGUUGUAAAUAAAUAAUUGCCAAGUUGAAUAAAUUUGCAUACACUAAA